GUUUCCCCAAAGGGCAGGAGGUAGUGUAUAUAAAUAUAUGAGGUUCUGUCAUACCAGUAAGAAGAAAAAGGACAAGACUUUGUUCUAGAAGACAGACUCCGAUCUGCAUUCUCUCUUCUCUCUACUCCAGGAUGGUGUCCAGCAAGGUUGUGGCUACGAUGCUUGUGAUGUACAUAGCAAUCAUGCUUGCUGCCCAGACAGAAGGCUUUGUCCCCAUUUUCACCUACAGUGAUGUCCAGAGAAUGCAGGAGAAAGAAAGGAAUAAAGGGCAAAAGAAAUCUCUGAGUGUGCAGCAGAGAUCAGAAGAGGGCAGUCCUAUGACUCUCAUGGACUUCAAGAAGGAGGAAGAGAGUGAAAUGAUCAAGCUGACUGCUCCUGUAGAAAUUGGAAUAAGGAUGAACUCCAGGCAGCUGGAAAAAUAUCGGGGCGUCCUGGAAGAGCUGCUGACUGAGGUAUUGCUGUCCACCCAGAACGUGAACUGACGGGCCACAGAAGAAUGUGGACAAAACCCUAUGUUCUAGAAACCUGACAGUAAAACUGUGGACAGGUGUCUGACCUGUUCUUGGGUUUCGAUUUAAGAAGGAAACAACCCAAAACAAACCUUACUU